AGCGACGCGCUCGGCGGUCGGCCGGACUGCGGCCAGGCACGAGCAAUCGGCGGCCGAGCGGGGGGCGGGGCCUGCUCUGGUCUCGGAGCCACUCACCUGGGCGCACCUGAGGUUGCCCUGCAGGGGCACGCGGAGCGGGAAAAAAGUCCCAGACAGAGCUCAUGUUCCAGAAGGCCAUAAAAAAAUACGAACAUGUCAUGUUCCUCGCUGUUUAAGAUGAGAUUAGUUCAUCUGGACCUUAAAGGAGCUCCACCAAAGGUCUCCUAUCUCUCAGAGGUUUUCCCCUUGUUCCACGCACUUGGUGCAAAUGGCCUCCUCAUUGAAUAUGAAGAUAUGUUUCCCUAUGAGGGCCACCUGAAGGUGCUGAGGGCCAAGUACGCAUACAGCCCUGCCGAAGUUGCAGAGAUCCUGCGCCUGGCCAGACUCAGUCAGCUGGAGGUCAUUCCCUUGGUGCAGACGUUUGGACAUAUGGAGUUUGUGCUAAAGCAUGCAGCAUUCGCACAUCUCCGGGAAGUGGCUCUCUUCCCCAAUACCCUGAACCCUCAUGAAGCCGAGUCCCUGGCAGUGGUCAAAGCCAUGAUCGACCAGAUCCUGGAGUUGCACAGGGGCGCCCAGUGGCUCCACAUGGGGUGUGACGAGGUCUACUUCUUGGGCGAGGGGGAGACCUCAAAACAGUGGCUACAGCAGGAGCAGAACAGCCAAGCGAAACUGUGUCUGUCCCACAUUCGGGCAGUAGCCAGCCAUGUACUGGCCCAGCACCCUGGCACAACACCCCUGGUGUGGGAUGACAUGCUGCGGGACAUCCCCCAGGACCAGCUCAAAGCAUCUGGGGUCCCUCAAAUGGUGGAACCUGUACUCUGGGACUAUGGAGCUGACCUGGAUGUCUACUGUAAAGUCCUUCUCAUGGAAAAGUACCAGGAAUGUGGCUUCCAGAGGCUGUGGGCUGCCAGCGCCUUCAAGGGGGCCACUGGGGCUAGCCAGGCCCUAACCCCUGUUGAGCAUCACAUCAGGAACCAUAUGCAGUGGCUGCAGGUGGCAGACAGUGGGCCAGUGGACAUACUGCAGGGCAUCAUCCUGACUGGCUGGCAGAGGUACGACCACUUCUCAGUGCUGUGCGAGCUGCUCCCUGUGGGAAUCCCAUCCCUGGCCGCCUGUCUACAAUUACUUGUACAUGGAGGCUUUACUGAGCAUGUUAAGCUGAAAGUGGAGAGCUUCCUCGGGGUUACCAGCCUGGAAAUGAUGGAUGCUGUGAGUGAGGGGGCUGGCUCCUUCCCUGGAAGUGACAUCCACGCCCUCAUCACACAAAUAAGCCUCCACCUGCGCAGCUCUGUGGACGCACUUCUGGAAAGGAACAGGUAUGUCACUGGCUGGUUCAGCCCCUACCAUCGCAGGCGGAAGCUUAUCCACCCGGUUAUGAUCCAGCACAUACAGCCUGAAGCACUCAGCCUUCUGAGCAGGUGGAGUACCCUUGUGCAGCAGCUGGAGGUGGCCCUGCAGCUGGCCUUCUACCCGGACACCAUAGAGGAAUGGUUGGAGGAGAAUGUGCACCCGAGUAUGCAGCGGCUGCAGGGUCUGGUACAGGACCUAGGGGAGGCAGCUGACCACCAGCCACUGCCCACCAGCCCUGGCUGGGACACAGGUCAGGACCCCUGAAGGCUGGAGCCCUGAUCUACCCAGGCAACAUCAGGCUUCACUGCCUCCAUGUCCAGCUACAUCUGGCCCAUGUGCUUCCUGCUGAUCCCUGAACAAGACUGCCAAAGCUCAGAUAGUAACCUUGGGAAAAGCAGAAAACACAGAAGAAAAAGGCACGUGAAGACUCAUUUGCAGUCCGCAUGUAGAGCUUUAAUUCUGAAAUAAAAAGGCCAGCAGGACUCAGAAACUUGAAUCAGCCUUUUACCACCACUCAGGCUUUCAGUGGGCUUCAAUUCUUCACCCAGAAACAAGUUCCGAUACAGGGCAAUGCAGGGACCAUGACAGCACCUGGAGACAGGCUUCUUCCUUGUCUAAAGCACUCCAAGAGCCCACAGGAAACUAAGCAGAAAGCCAACAGCUCUAUUUCACACUUCUCUUUUUGGGAAAGAAAAUGGUCUGACUCGACCAUUUAGAAAAACUUUGAACUUUGGCAUGUUUAAGGGACCUUGUCCCCCAACUCAGUACUAGUGGCAAUCACUUCUGAGCCAAGUUCCAACCGAAUCAUACUCUCAGCUCCGGGUGCAGUGGCCACAAGGCUGCCUAGACCCCUUCGUCCAGGUACACUUCAGUUUUCCUAGUUCUACUUAGCGGAGCUUAGGUGCGUAACCUCAAGGGGCUGCAUACGGACCAGGGGUCCACAGCUCUCAGGCCUAGAGGCUAUAGACUUCUGUACAAUGGACCUUGGAGGGACUGAGUCCCUUCAGAAGGAGACUAGAAGACAGACAAGGGGCAGCAGCAGCUGGUACCAGUAUUUUGUGAGAAGUGGCCCAGGCUAGCCUUGAACUCCCACUGUUCAUGCCUCCUGAAGGCUGGGUUAUAGGGGUGUGCCACAUGCCUGUCUUCUCAGGGCUUGGGGGGAGGCUGGGGCUCGGUUUCUACACAGAAGCUCCAGGGGUGUUCCAACUGCAGGAUGCCAUUAGAGGUAUCCACUCCUUCACUAGCAGCUUCCCUGGGCUGCCUUGGGAAAACCUUCCACCACCACCAACUGUGCUGCAACCUGCUGGGAUCUCAGACAAGCAGUGUAGGCAGGGCAGUCGGCAUUCUGAUUCUCUGAGGUCCUCACAGAGAGGGAGCCUCUUGAGAGAGGGUGUGUUGAAACCAAGCACACCCCCAUAUCCAACCCUCACCACAAAGGAUGUCCAUUCAGGGGAGUGAUGGUUAGGGAGAGGAGACAUCAGGGUUUCUGGCAACAUGCUGGUACCAAUAUCUACAGAGGGACUAAGCCCUCCCCACAUGCAUGUGGGUACUGCAUUCUAGCUGUGAGGUGGACUUGACUACAGUGGUUGGGGUAGCAAGGGCUCUGGAAGGCAAGACCCUAAGCCCAUGCUGAAGUAAGCCUGGUAUCCUGUGCCCCACAUGCCCUGGGGUGAGCUUAUCCAGACCAGGCCACACUGCCCAAGCCAGGGCUGUAGUCUGAUUCUGGGGAAGGCAUUAAUGCCAUUUCUGAGCCCAUGUUCCCCUGGAUAUAGCACCUGCUUCCUGAGUUCUGACACCUGCCUCCUGUGUCCUGACAGAGGUAGCCUUCCUGGGUUGUAGAGGAGGUCCAGCCCAUGGUUCUGCAAAGGGUAGAAG